AUGGUACCCGAUCGGUUUUGCAGAGCGAGCGGCAGCAAAGAUCCUUCAGCAGCAGAGACAAGCUGCAGCACGGGGCCCUGCUCUUCUGCUGCUACUCAACUGGACUGCCGCAGAAGCAGCAGCAGCAGCAGCAAGCAGCUGCGGUCUGUCUCUGCUGGAGCAGCAAACCCUAGAAGCAGCAGCAGAGGGGGGGGGCCCCUGCUGUGGGGCCCCCAGAGCCAGUGGGGCUACGCUCCCACAGGGCCUCAGCAGCAGCAGCAGCAGCAGCAGCAGCAACUGCAGCAGCAGCAGCAGCAACUGCAGCAGCAGCUGCAGCAGUGGCAACAGUACCUUAUACGGCACCAGCAAGAACACCAGCAGCAGCAGCUAGUAAGACAGCAGCAGCAACAACAGCAACAGCAACAACAGCAGCAGCAGCAACAACAGCAGCAACAGCAGCAGCGCACCGUAGAACAGCAGCACCAGCAGCAGCAGCAAUACUUGGUUACACAAGGGCAAGAACAGCAGCAGCCACAGCAGCACCAACAACAGCAGCAACAGCAGCAGCAACAGCAGCAGCAACAGCAACACUCCACUUGGCAGAGAGAACAGCAGCAGCAUAACCAGGCCUACUUGGACAGAGAGCAGCAGCAGCAGCAGCAGCAGCAAAAAGAGACUGGGGCCCCCCAAUGUGGGGGGGCCCCCCAAUGUGGGGGGGACUCUUUUGCUGCAGUAUGUGGCAGCAAAGAACUGCUGCAUCGGAGGGCUUCCUGCCGCCGCAGCGAAAAUACCUCAGAGAUCCGCAAGACCCACAAGGCUGCUCGUCAGCAGCAGCAGCAGCAGCAGCAGCAGCAGCAGCAGCAGCAGCAGAAGCCUCUUUCGCGCAGCAGCAGCCCUAGAGUGCUCGCAGCAAAAGCACUUCCUGAAGACCCCCCAGAGGGGCCCCCAAUGUGGCUGCACGAAAAGUCUUUUCGCUCUUCUUCUAACCGCAGCAGCAGCAGCUGCUGCUGCUGCAGCAGCAGCAGGCCGCUGCAUGCAGAAAGCAGCGAACCAGCAGGGGCCCCCAACAAAGACCCUGCCCUCGAUAUUGGCUUGGCCAGGCCCCCAGGGGGCCCCCUUGAGAGCCCCCGUAAGGGCUCUUCUGGGGGCCCCUGUGGGGCCCCCUGUAGGGGCCCCUCUGGGAGCCCCUGUGGGGGCCCCUGUGAGACCCCCUGUGGGGCCACCUGUGGAGCAGCCCCCGACGGGGGCCCCUCCGAAAGCCCCUACGGGGGCCCCCCUGGGGGCCCCUGCGGGGGCCCCGCUGGGGGCCCCUGCGGGGGGCCCCCUGGGGGCCCCUGUGGGGGACCCCCUGGGGAGCGCAGCGAGGGGGCCCCCGAGGGUUUGGGUUUGCGUUUAAAGAAAAGUUUUAGUGAAGCUUCUGAGGAGACUUUAGCAGCAGAACUCUCUCUCUUUUUGCGCAGCAGGAGCAGCAACAGCAGCAGCAGCAACUUGCUCCAGGAGGCCCUCAGCAGCAGCCCGAGGCGCCCCCAGGGGGCCCCCGCAGCCGCCCUCGGGGGGCCCCCCCCAGGGGGGGCCCCCCAAACGGUAGCCCUGCAGGUACCCACCAGGAGGGGCCCGCAGGGGCCCCAGGCUUGGGGCCCCCUUGGGCCAAGCAGGGGCCCCACAGCCCUUGGGGCCCCCGAGGCCCUGCAGGGGGCCCCCCGGGGGGCCUCUCCUGGGGCCCCUCCGGAGGGGCCCCCCAGGGCCCCACACCCGGGGGGCCCCUGGGGGGGCCCCUGGGGGGGCCCCUGGGGGGGCCCCCUGGGGGGCCCCUGGGGGCCCCCUAGGGCCCCUGAAAGGCUCAGAGAACCCUCUCAGCAGGGGGGCCUCCCUCGCAUUUACCGGCCAAGGGCCCCCCACUUGCUGCCUGCAGAGGGGCCCCUAGAGGGGCCCCCCAGGGGGCCCCUUGAUGCUGGCCCGCCCCAGGACCCAGCCUCCGCCCAGCAGCAGCAGCAGCAGCAGCAGCAGCAGCCAAACGAAAAGGAGCAGCAAGAGACUGCAGCAGAUGCCUCCAUCUCCUCUGGAAGCCCUGAGGGUUCAAAAGGGGCCCCUGGGGCCCCUGGGGCCCCCCAGGGGGGCUCCCAAGGGGGCCCCCCUGGUGAAACCCCUCAGGGCCCCCUAGGGGGCCCCCUAGGGGGCCCCCUUGGGGGCCCCCCUCUUGGGGGCCCCUCAGGGGGGCCCCCUGGGGACCUGGAGGCCCUGGCCCUGGGGGGCCCCCUGAGGGGCCCCUGUGAAGAGUCAUCUGAGGGGCGUUUAAAGACAAUGCGCAUAUUCAGCAGCAGCAGCAGCAGCAGCAGCAGCAGCGGGAGCAGCAGCAGCAGAAUAGUGCUGGAAACAGUCCCCGAACCAGGGUACAGAUGGGGGGGCCCCCCAGGGUCUCCGGGGGGCCCCCAGGGGGCCCCCUGCUGCAGCAAUUCUGCUGCAGUGCAGCACGCGCUGCAGUGGGGAGUUUAUUUGAGUGGGUUUUUAUUUUUAAAUUAA